AUGGCCGCUGGUCGCAACGUGCUUUUUCCGAUCGAUGCUAGCGAGAACUGCGAAAGGGCAUUCAAGUGGUAUGAAGCGAACCUCCGAAAGCCAGGUGAUGUCGUUUUCUUUGUUCAUGUGAUUGAACCUGUGUACACAACUCCAGCGAUCGGCUUGGCCAUGGAGUCACCUCCCCUCAUGGUGGAUGACAUGACUCGGGUUAUGGAGGAGAGCAUAGCGGCCGGCAAGAAACUUGGACAGAAAUAUAUGCAGAUGGCUAAAGAGAGCAACUUAGAUUGCAAGGCCUUCCUCCAUGUGGACACGAAAGCUGGUGCGGCGAUUGUUAAAUCCGCCAUCGACCACAAGGCAGACAUCAUCGUUAUUGGCUCCCGUGGACUUGGUGCCAUUAAACGCACCUUCUUGGGCAGCGUAAGCGACUAUAUUGUGCACAAUGCUGCCAUCCCAGUCGCAAUCGUUCCUCCGGCUCUCUAA